UUAUUUUGAAAAAAGGUAUUUAAAAAAAAGAGAUAAAAAGGUAUAUAUGUUUGUUUAUAUUAUUUCUCACUUUGAAAUGAGUGGCCUGCAAAAUGGUAUUUGUUUUGCCCAAAUUUUAUUUUGAACAAGGAAAUGUAUGUAUCAAUUCUUAUUCAGAUUAAACAAAUUAUAAAAUGAGGCAUCUGUGAUGCUUAGACUGGGGGAGAGACACUGAUGGGGUGUGUGGGUGGUACUGUUUUAAGUAGGUUAUUCAGGGACAGCUUUGAAGACAUGACAUUUGAGCAAGGCCUUGAACAGGGUAAGGAACCAUGCAGAGAUAUGGGAAUAGAGCCUUCUAGUCAGAGGGAACAUCAGGUACAAAAGUCCCAAGUUGGGAGUCUGUCUGUGUGGUCAAGUAACAGUGGAAAAUCUCUGGGAGAACAGUAGGAGGUGAGAUCAGGAGAGAAAGGCAGGAGCCAGGUGAUAUAGGUCCCUGUAGACCGCUUUUGGCUUUUACUCUAAGUAUAAUGGGAUGCCAUUGAAAGGUUUUCAUCAGGUUGUGACAGGAUCUGAUCUGUGUUUUGGAAAGAUCCUGUUGGCUGAUGUGUAAAAGUUACACUGCUGCCAGUCAGAGUGGAAGUGGGCCGACUGGCUAGGAGGCUACUGCAGGAAUCUAGGUGAGACCCAAUGGGGGCUUGGAUUAGGGUAGUGGUGGUGAAGGUGAGGAAGGGCGGUCAGCUUUGGGAUUUUGUAAAAUGAUAUGUCCUGAGAGAUGAAUCUUAACACUAGUUAAAAAACAGCUCAAGGCAAACUAUUAGUGGUAUACAAAAUGUCUUUUUUUUUCAAAGUAUUUGGUAGAUUCUGUAUCCUUGAGAUUCCUUAGUUGGAGAAAGGAAGUAGGAAAGGUAAGGGCUGGGACUUGGUCUCAUGUGAAUCCAUUUGCUGAUGGAACAAGAAAGAUUCCAUAACAGGAGAUGUGUAAAUUCUCCUCUGUAAUGGUCAUUUAUUUAGUAUAAAAGCUAUAUCUAAAGAAUGUAUGCUUGGGUACAUAAUCUGAAUUCUGGUGUUUACCGUGGUUAUGUUCAGCUAGGCCUGUUUAGUAGUAGCUGUGAAACAUAUUGCAGCAAUAAUAAGGAAUGCAGUGGGUGCCUUUUUGCUGUUAUCAAAAUCCAUUAACAGUUUUGCUGUGCUUGACUGCUUUUCUUUGUUGAUGCUUUAUGGUUCAUACUAAAGCUGUAGAUAUAAAGGACAUCUAUUCUACUAUGGUUUCUCAAGGUCUUACAAACAAUGAUGUUGUAUUUUGAGUAAACAUCUGUUUAUUCCUUGUGAUGAUAGAUGCUAGACAGUUACAGUUUGCUUGGAUUCUACUCCCCUACUUCAGAUGGAUUUUAUCUAGGUAGAGAAAAGGCAUUGAAUCAUGUUUUUAAGCUUUGUAGCACUACACUGGCUUAUGUGAAUGCUUCACACUAUUGGAUAUUCUUUGUUGCUUUAGCUGUAGAAGAAUGUUAGCUUAGUUAGGUUACACUCUUUAGUGUAGAAGGUUCUGUGAAAAGUGGGUGAAGGUACUUCUCAAGCUGUUAGAGUGGACUGUCAUUUUUUUCCUGCAAAAUUUGGCUUUGGGGUUAUGGAAUUUAAACUUAUAAUAUUUGCUAUUUGCAACAUAUGCAGCCAUCAUGUUAUGUGAUUGUUGGUUUUUGCUUUUUUUAGGGUUAGGGUCUUUUAAGACAGAAUUUUAGAAUCCUUGUUUUCUUAGCCAUUUAAAGCUUGAGACCAAAGAUUUAAAAACCUUUUUUGGGUAGCAGAUUGAUUUAUUAAUCUGAUGAAAACUGUGGACUCUCUUUCCAGAAAAAGACAUGUAUACUGUCAUUCAACAGAUUUAUUCAGCAGAUAUUUAUUGAGUAGCUACUAUCUGCCAGACAUAGUUUAUAGAUGUUAGGGUAUACCAGUGAACAAAAUUGUAAAAAAAAAAAAAAAAAAAAAAAAGCCCAAGCAAACCUAAAAACAUUGCCUUUGUGGAGCUUAUAUUCUAGUGGAGUCAGUAAACAAUAAAUGAGAACAUUUGUAGUAGAUUAGAAAUUGGUAAAUGCUAUGGAAAAAUUAGAAUGUAUAAGGGAGUUUGAAAGUCGGGCAAGGAUGGUGUUUGUUGCAAUAAAAUUGGGAAGUCAGGAUAGGCAUCAUAGGGAGGGUGCUAUUUGGGAAAAAGGUUAAAAUGGUACAUGAGUUAGCCAUGCUGAGUUCUGGAGCUUGAGUUUCCAGGUAGAGGGGAAUAGUCAGAGGAAUGAUCCUAAAGUGGGACAGGAAGACAACAUGGUCAGAGCAGGAUGAGCAAAGGGAAGAGUGGUAUGUCAAUUUCCUAGGGCUGCCGUAACAAACACAAGCUUGGUGACUUAACAUAACAGAUAUUUAUUGUCUUACAGUUCUGGAGGCCAGAAGUCUGAAAUCAAGGUGUCAGUCGGCAGGAUUGGUUCCUGCUGGAGGCUCUGAGACAUCUUACUAACUCUUUUGGAUUCAGUGAUGAAGAAGAAAUUUUUCUUGCCUUCAUAAAGCAUUUUUGAAACGUUGGGGUUGUUGGAGUGGUUGGAUUUUCCCUGGAAUUGAGUGAGAAAUUCAGAAGACUGAAGCCCAGGCUUACUGUCUACCUUUCACGGAGGCCUAGCCGUGAGAGGACAGAAGAAGGCACGUGGCGAAUCAUGACAGCUGACAAAGACAAAGAUAAAGACAAAGAGAAGGACCGGGACCGAGAUCGGGACCGUGAGAGAGACAAAAGAGACAAGGCAAGAGAGAGUGAGAAUUCAAGACCACGCCGCAGCUGUACCUUGGAAGGUGGAGCCAAAAAUUAUGCUGAGAGUGAUCAUAGUGAAGAUGAGGACAAUGACAACAAUAGUGCCACCACAGAGGAGUCCACAAAGAAGAACAAAAAGAAACCACCGAAAAAAAAAUCUCGUUAUGAAAGGACAGAUACUGGUGAGAUAACAUCCUACAUCACUGAGGAUGAUGUUGUCUACAGACCAGGAGACUGUGUGUAUAUCGAGAGUCGGAGGCCAAACACACCGUAUUUCAUCUGUAGCAUUCAAGACUUCAAACUGGUCCACAACUCCCAGGCCUGUUGCAGAUCUCCAACUCCUGCUUUGUGUGACCCCCCAGCAUGCUCUCUGCCGGUGGCAUCACAGCCACCACAACAUCUUUCUGAAGCCGGGAGAGGGCCUGUAGGGAGUAAGAGGGACCAUCUACUCAUGAACGUCAAAUGGUACUACCGUCAGUCUGAAGUCCCAGAUUCUGUGUAUCAGCAUUUGGUUCAGGAUCGACAUAAUGAAAAUGACUCUGGAAGAGAACUUGUCAUUACAGACCCGGUUAUCAAGAACCGAGAGCUCUUCAUUUCUGAUUAUGUUGACACUUACCAUGCUGCUGCCCUUAGAGGGAAGUGUAAUAUCUCCCAUUUUUCUGACAUAUUUGCUGCUAGAGAAUUUAAAGCCAGAGUGGAUUCAUUUUUCUACAUAUUAGGCUACAACCCUGAAACAAGGAGGCUGAACAGUACCCAGGGGGAAAUCCGUGUUGGUCCUAGCCAUCAGGCCAAACUUCCAGAUUUGCAACCAUUUCCUUCUCCAGAUGGUGAUACAGUGACCCAACAUGAGGAACUGGUCUGGAUGCCUGGAGUUAAUGACUGUGACCUCCUUAUGUACCUGAGGGCAGCAAGGAGCAUGGCGGCAUUUGCAGGCAUGUGUGAUGGAGGCUCCACAGAAGAUGGCUGCGUCGCAGCCUCUCGGGAUGACACGACUCUCAAUGCGCUGAACACACUACAUGAAAGUGGUUAUGAUGCCGGCAAAGCCCUGCAGCGCCUGGUGAAGAAGCCUGUGCCCAAGCUGAUCGAGAAGUGCUGGACUGAGGAUGAAGUGAAACGCUUCGUUAAGGGACUCAGGCAGUACGGCAAGAACUUCUUCAGAAUUAGAAAGGAGCUGCUUCCCAAUAAGGAAACAGGGGAGCUGAUCACCUUCUACUACUACUGGAAGAAAACCCCCGAAGCAGCCAGCUCCCGCGCCCAUCGCAGGCACCGCAGGCAGGCUGUGUUCAGGAGGAUUAAGACUCGAACUGCGUCCACACCCGUCAACACGCCUUCCAGACCCCCUUCCAGUGAAUUCUUGGACCUCAGUUCAGCCAGCGAGGAUGACUUCGACAGCGAGGACAGUGAGCAGGAGCUGAAGGGGUACGCCUGCCGCCACUGCUUCACCACCACCUCCAAAGAUUGGCACCACGGGGGCCGGGAGAAUAUUCUGCUCUGCACCGACUGCCGCAUCCACUUCAAAAAAUACGGCGAGCUCCCGCCCAUUGAGAAGCCUGUGGAUCCCCCACCUUUCAUGUUCAAACCCGUCAAGGAGGAGGACGAUGGGCUCAGUGGGAAGCAUAGCAUGAGGACGCGGCGGAGUCGGGGCUCGAUGUCGACACUACGCAGUGGCCGGAAGAAGCAGCCAGCCAGCCCUGAUGGUCGCGCCUCACCCAUCAAUGAAGACAUCCGCUCCAGCGGCCGGAACUCCCCCAGCGCUGCCAGCACCUCCAGCAAUGACAGUAAAGCAGAGACGGUGAAGAAGUCAGCCAAGAAGGCAAAGGAAGAAGCCUCGUCCCCUCUUAAGAGCACGAAGCGCCAGCGGGAGAAGGUGGCCUCCGACACUGAGGAGGCUGACAGGAUCAGCUCCAAGAAGACAAAGACCCAGGAGAUCAGCCGGCCCAACUCACCAUCUGAAGGCGAGGGAGAGAGUUCGGACAGUCGCAGCGUCAACGAUGAGGGCAGCAGUGACCCCAAAGACAUCGACCAGGACAAUCGCAGCACGUCCCCCAGCAUCCCCAGCCCCCAGGACAAUGAGAGUGACUCAGACUCAUCAGCACAGCAGCAGAUGCUGCAGGCCCAGCCCCCAGCCCUGCAGGCUCCCAGUGGGGCCACCCCAGUGCCCUCCACGGCCCCGCCAGGAACACCCCAGCUUCCUACUCCAGGGCCCACACCUUCUGCCACUGCAGGCCCCGCCCAGGGCUCCCCUGCAGCCCCCCAGCCCCCUAACCAGCCACAGGCUGCAGCAGUGCCUGCUCCCCACACGCACAUCCAGCAGGCCCCCGCCCUGCACCCGCAGCGGCUGCCCUCGCCACACCCCCCGCUGCAGCCGCUGACCGGGCCGCCGGGCCAGCCCUCUGCGCCCCCUCACGCCCAGCCCUCCCUGCACGGUCAGGGCCCGCCUGGCCCACACAGCCUGCAGGCCGGGCCCCUGCUGCAGCACCCAGGCCCCCCUCAGCCCUUUGGCCUCCCUCCUCAGGGCCCUCAAGGCCAGGCCCCUCUGGGGGCCUCCCCAGCGGCAGCACACCCUCACACCAGCCUGCAGCUCCCAGCCUCACAGUCAGCCCUGCAGCCCCAGCAGCCCCCGCGGGAGCAGCCCCUGCCGCCAGCACCCCUGGCCAUGCCUCACAUCAAGCCCCCACCCACCACGCCCAUCCCCCAGCUGCCGGCGCCACAGGCCCACAAGCACCCACCCCACCUCUCAGGACCCUCGCCCUUCUCCAUGAAUGCCAACCUGCCGCCCCCUCCAGCCCUCAAGCCCCUGAGCUCCCUGUCCACACACCACCCCCCCUCAGCCCACCCUCCGCCCCUGCAGCUCAUGCCUCAGAGCCAGCCAUUGCCCUCCUCCCCCGCCCAGCCCCCUGGGCUGACCCAGAGCCAGAGCCUGCCCCCUCCUGCUGCCCCCCAUCCUCCUUCAGGCCUCCACCAGGGGCCUCCCCAGCCCCCAUUUGCUCAGCACCCCUUUGUCCCUGGAGGGCCUCCUCCCAUCACUCCUCCGACCUGCUCCUCUACCUCCACCCCACCCACGGGACCCAGCACCUCAGCCCAGCUGCCCUGCUCCGCUGCCGUUUCUUCAGGGGGCAGCAUGCCGGGGGGAGCAUCCUGCCCACUGCCCGCUGUCCAGAUCAAGGAGGAGGCUCUGGAUGAUGCUGAGGAGCCUGAGAGCCCCCCUCCCCCACCAAGGAGCCCCUCCCCUGAGCCCACUGUGGUGGACACCCCUAGCCACGCCAGCCAGUCGGCCAGGUUCUACAAGCACCUGGACCGGGGUUACAACUCGUGUGCACGGACAGACCUGAACUUCAUGCCUCUGGCUGGAUCCAAACUGGCCAAGAAGAGGGAAGAGGCCAUUGAGAAGGCCAAGCGGGAGGCCGAGCAGAAAGCCCGAGAGGAGCGGGAGCGGGAGAAGGAGAAAGAGAAGGAGCGCGAGCGAGAGCGGGAGCGGGAGCGAGAGGCGGAGCGAGCAGCCAAGGCGUCCAGCUCAGCACAUGAAGGCCGUCUGAGCGACCCCCAGCUCAGUGGUCCCGGCCACAUGCGGCCAUCCUUUGAGCCACCACCGACUACCAUUGCUGCCGUGCCCCCGUACAUCGGGCCCGACACGCCUGCCCUUCGGACUCUGAGCGAGUAUGCCCGGCCCCACGUCAUGUCGCCCACCAACCGCAACCACCCCUUCUACAUGCCCCUCAAUCCCACCGACCCCCUGUUGGCCUACCACAUGCCUGGCCUCUACAACGUCGACCCCACCAUCCGCGAGCGGGAGCUCCGGGAACGUGAGAUCCGGGAACGGGAGAUCCGGGAGCGCGAGUUGCGGGAGAGGAUGAAGCCAGGCUUCGAGGUGAAGCCACCUGAGCUGGACCCCCUGCACCCAGCCACCAACCCCAUGGAGCACUUCGCCCGGCACAGCGCCCUCACCAUCCCCCCGACUGCCGGCCCCCACCCUUUUGCUUCUUUCCACCCGGGCCUGAACCCCUUGGAGAGGGAGAGACUGGCCCUGGCGGGCCCCCAGCUACGGCCGGAGAUGAGCUACCCUGACAGACUGGCGGCUGAGCGCAUCCACGCCGAGCGCAUGGCGUCGCUGACCAGUGACCCCCUGGCCCGACUGCAGAUGUUCAACGUGACUCCGCACCACCACCAGCACUCGCACAUCCACUCCCACCUCCACCUCCACCAGCAGGACCCCCUCCACCAAGGCUCCGCAGGCCCGGUUCACCCGCUGGUUGACCCCCUGACUGCUGGUCCUCACCUGGCUCGCUUCCCCUAUCCCCCCGGGACCCUUCCCAACCCUCUGCUCGGACAGCCCCCCCAUGAGCACGAGAUGCUUCGUCAUCCAGUUUUUGGCGCGCCCUACCCUCGAGACCUGCCUGGGGCCAUCCCACCCCCGAUGUCAGCGGCCCACCAGCUGCAGGCCAUGCAUGCCCAGUCUGCAGAGCUGCAGAGACUGGCCAUGGAGCAGCAGUGGCUGCACGGACACCCCCACAUGCAUGGUGGCCACCUACCGAGUCAGGAAGAUUAUUACAGUCGACUGAAGAAAGAAGGUGACAAGCAGUUAUAAGUUAUUUAUUUGUUAACGCUGGCUGUGGAAACCCCAAUUCUUGGGGGGAGAAACAGGACUUUUUACAUACAAUAGGAGCUGCAAAAGCAAAAAGAAUAUCUUCUAAAGAUUUCUUUAUAUAUUUAAAAACCCCACAACUAAAAAUGUACCCACAUCAUAGUGUUCGUUUGUCAAGAGGGUUCCCUGAGACUGGCUUGGGCCCCCUGCAUGACAGUCCCCCAGAAACUUAGCGAGUCCUGGACUGGACUGAACAUUCAGAAAGCUCCCUGCAAUCUUGGGGUUUGGCUUUAGUUUUCUUUUCCUUGAUUUCUCAGUAGGUGCUAGACUCCACUUCACACCCUUCACUGUGCGUCAGACACGCUCCGUUGCGCGUGUUCCAAAACCCACAUGGUUUGCAGAUAGGCGGCAUAUGAGUUUGGAAUCCAAGAGCUAUAAUUUUUAAAAAAUCUUUUAUUUUAAUACAUUGUAGGAAAUCUUCAUAAUUUGAGAAAAGUUCUGCAGCAUGGCUUUAUAUGUCUGUAAAUAAAUAAUUUUAGAACAGCCUUUUUUUCCUUCCACAAACUACUAUUCUGAUCUAUUUUUUCCAGCCAUGUCACUAAUUGUGAAUUCCCACCAGCUAUUGACAGAAUACAGAGUUGAUUUUUUAAUAAAAAGUUAUAUAUAAUUAUCCCUUUAAUUAAAGGGAGCAGAUGGGCGUUACCAGUUACAAUGGGCGAAAGCUUGGGACUAGGCUUGGCCACGGCAGCGGGCAUCCAGGGGUUUGCAGGGACAGUGUGACAGCUCUUCGUUUUGCUGCUUUGACUUUCACUUCUGUCUGUUCCUAGCAUGUGCUUUGCCUGCGAUGCAGACAUCUGUUAUCUCCGACCUCAUUUUGCACAAGGAGUGCAGGAGUUUUAGUGUUCACUUUCUGUCCCCUGGUGUCACUGUUGUCCUGUUUCUGCAGGGUGGAGAGCACAUGUCUGUGUGUGUCUGAUUGUAGAUUUCCUUGUAGAUUUCUAUGCACACACAUUUCAUUGUUCUGGAUGAAUUGCCUUUUUUAAUACUCUGAAAAUUUCAUAAACAUUCUAGAAAAUUCAAGAAAAUGAUUCCACACAAAUAACUCAGCACAUGAAAGACCCAGGACAUAUGGUUGCCAAAGGAAUCUGUUAGAAAUCUGCCCCUUUAUACAUGUCAUCGUUUGGAUCUUCUUGGGGUGAGGACCAAGCCAAGUCAUCCCGGCCACAGAGCAGGGGCUGCUUUUGGGUGAGGGAGACCCUGGAGUUAGCACGCUUGUGGGUGGUAGCCUGCAGUUUUAGCCCAGGAGCAAGUCUGGGUGGUGACGCAUGUCGGUCUGGGAAGCCAUGUCCCACUCUUCCUGCUAGAAGUAGGAGCUGGAGUGCGACCCGCAGACGUGAAGUCGGAAAGCGGGCUUCCACCGGGGAGGCGCGCUGGUCAGGAGGCCAGCCCUCCAGAGCAGAGCGGCCCCGGAUUCCGAGUUCGAUGUUGAUGCACUUUUUCCGAAGCAGAGGUUGGGGGUGUCUGGGGACGUCUGUGCCUGUUGGUCAGGCCGCCUUCCAGGGUACGGCCCUCCCACCCUUCUUCUCUCAGCGUCUCAAGGGCCAUUUCUGCCACUGUUUCGGUGGUCACAUCCAAGAAUUGUCAGAGAAAAGAAACCACACUGUGGGUCAGUGGACACGAAGUGCGUCCCGGCCCCAGGCCGAGUAGUGGGGCAGGCAGGAGGAGAGGCUGGUAGUUUGAUCCAGAAACCAGCAGGUGUUAGCUCAGAUUCAGGUUCUGGAUUCAAACCUGCAAUCGGGCAUUUCCAGUUUCUAUGAAAACUGUUUGGUUUCAGUUGAGAUAGAUUGUUUUGUCUGUUGAAAAUGUUUGUAGUUUUUUCUCCUUUCAUUUUAUCUCAUUCCAUUUCUGCGUUAACUUUAGUUCCUAGUGGUAAUGCAGGCUCAGAUCAAUCCUUUGUCAUCAGACUUCUGGUCCCCUUAGCAUAGAGGUGUUUGUUUUCUUCUGGGGGUGGUGACAUGCCCUCAAGGCGGGCUGUUCUGCCGCAGGUUUCUCCGCAGGUUUCUCCGUGGCUGAGUAGGGCCUCUUACCACUGGGCUCCGAACAGGCAGGCACGUCCCGCUGCCCUGGCUCCUGCAUCUGUGCCGCCACCUUCUCUCCCUCCUGUUAUUUUUUUUCUUUUUGGCAGAACACAUCGUCUGCCAUUCAGUUAAACUUUCUUUAUCUCCUUUCUCUACCAUCCAUUUUUCCAAAGAAGAGAAAGAGUGAAGUACUUUGAAGCCUGUACUUGAAAACCGUCUGAGGGUGUUCUCUUGUUACGUUCUGGUUUUCUCCCCAUAGCCCAAGGUGAAGCACUGAGAUUCUUCCAUUAAAAAACCCCACAACCUAAAACCUUUACCUGAUCCCCUGCAGUUUGUUUAGGAGGCUGCAGACCUUCAUGGUGUCUUUGAAGCGCAACCACUUGGUUUCCUUUUGGGUUUUCCUUCCUCUUGUUUGAAGUUUGGUUUUGUUAUUCUGUGUUUCGUAUGUAUCUUGUUCAAUGUUGUCAAGGUUGAGCUUCACGUUUCACUGCAGCAGAAGCAGAGCAGAGUGUACAUUCUGAUUUGCUACGUUUAUAUAUAUCUUGAAGCUAAAUGUAUAUAUGAGUAGUUUGCCAUGAGAUAACACAGUGUAAAAGAGUAGACACCCAGAAAUCGUGACUUCUGUGUUCUCUCCAUUUGAGUAUUUUGUAAUUUUUUUGAAAUAUUUGUGGACAUAAAUAAAACCAAGCUACACUACAACA